UCGCAGUAAUCUCCGCCAGAAAAAAAAAUGUCGAACACGGUAACGCACUUCUAGGGUUUAAGACGCAGGUACUUCCGGCCGAAUCGCGCUCCUCUAUACGCUGCUACGCCACCUUCGCUAGGUUUUGGUAAAGAGAAGGAACCAACAAAGAAGAAGAAGAAGAAGAAGAAGAAGACGAUGACAUUGAUGAAUAGGUCGCCCUACGUCUCUCUCUUGUCCAAAGCCCUUGCAUUCGUCCCUUGCUGUCGUCCGGCCGAUGCUGCCCUUUUUCUCGCAACCCAUUCUUAUUCCGCCGCCUCCGGUGCUCCAGAGAGCAGCCUUAUGGCUGAAUACCUGGUCAGCUCCUGUGGCUUCGAUCCUGAUCAGGCGGCCAAAGCCUCGAAGCUCCUUGGUCGCGUCGAAUCCCGCCACCAGCCUGACUCCGUCCUUGGCUUUUUUAAAAGCUACGGUUUUGACAACACCCAGGUGAAAAAGGUCAUAUCUGCAAACCCCCGGUGGCUUCUCCUCGACGUGGAGAAGACCCUGGCCCCAAAGUUCCGAGCUUUGCAGGAUCUGGGCUUCUCCUGCUCCGACAUCACCCACCUCGUCAGAUCGAAUAACCACGUCAUCAGCCACAAAUCCCAGACCAUCUUGUCCAAGAUCCAAUUAUGGCAAGGCCUCCUCGGGUCCAACGACUUACUGAUGAAGAUAUGCAAGAGAAACAGGUGGUUUCUCGGGUAUAGCAUCGAGAAGACGAUCCAGCCUAACAUUGAAAUUCUAAGGGAUUGCGGGAUCACGGAUCAGAAGCUCUCAAUGAUCCUAAGGCAAUAUCCCGUCCUCAUAACCCAGAAUGCUGAAACCCUGAAGGCGUUAAUCAGUCGUGUCGAGGGUUUGGGAGUACCUCGCACCUCGGGGAUGUUCCUCCUGAUCCUGAGUGUGCUCCAGAGCAUCUCCGAGAAGAACUUCAAGGCUCACUUGGAGUUCUUCAAGGGCUUCGGGUGGUCCGAGGAUGAUUUCCUUGCUGCAUUCAGAAAGGCUCCUACGUUUGUGCGAAUUUCUUUAAAGAGUUUGCAGAGGAAGAUGGAGUUCUUGGUAAAUGAAGCCGGAUGUGCUCCAUCUCAUCUUGCUCUUCGGCCAGAUAUUUUGUUGUGCAGUUUGGAGAAAAGGUUGAUGCCAAGGCAUCAGAUUGUGACAGGCCUGAAGUCUAGGGGAGUUUGCAUCAGUAACCUUAGUAUGUCUACAUACGCGAAAUAUCCAGAGAAGAAAUUUGUGGAGAAGUUCGUCAACCGCUACAAGGAGUAUCCAGAACUCAUUGAGUUGUAUAAUGGAGUCCCCAAAAAUAGAACUGCAUUUGAUCGUGGAAAUGCAUAUGCAUAGCACAAACUUUUGUACCAGCAAGUUAUGUUUCCAGGUUCCAAUUUUCCACUAUCCGCAUAACAUGAUCUACAGUUUGCGACCAAAUAAUUCCUGCCAUUUACUUCGUUUUCUGUGAAUGUAAGAUGAGUUUGGAUGCUUACACGUAGUAAGAAAAUGAAGAAUGUUGAGAAGAUUUGUGAUGAUAUUGCCGAUAGAGUUAAUUGCUUGUUGAUAAUCACUUGUGUAGACGCCACAUGGAAUUGUUAUUCUUGUCCCAUUCGUUUUAAGUCUACUGGAAGAUAUCAGACUUAUGUAGGUUAUUGGACAUGUGAAGUUUUGAUUGAUUUAACUAUGGAUAUUUGGUAAUUUAGGUUUCGAGUUUUGGUUAUUUUUUCAAAUGAUAAGAAGUAGGAUUCUUUUGGAUGGUAUGGUAGGAUGCUUUGGUGAUUUUGAGCUGGAUGAUGAGGCUUUUGAUUUAGGGCAAGGGUUGGUCACCUUUUAUAUAAAUUUACUAAAGUCCCUCAUAUCCUAAACCAAACCGAAAACCCAAAAAAGGUAGAUGAGGUUGCGUUUCAAUUUUUUGUAUAUUUUGUUUAUCAAACUUUGUUCUCUUUCUUAAGUGAUUAGUUUGAACCACUUCUUUCCUCUUGCUGAUCGGUCAAUUCAGUUGAAAUUUCUCUCUUUAUAAGUGCAAAACCUUAAUGAAUACCAGGUUGCCACCAUGAUAGUUUGAAGCUGACUGUCUUCUUGAGAAUGAAGUUGUAACUCUUAGAUUUAUGAAGGAAACCACACUUUCCGUAUUGACAAUGUUUUGUUCUCAAUUUAAGCACUGGAAUGUACAAGUUGUCCUUUACCAAUUUAAGCAUUUGAGUACGGGGGUGGUCUAAACUUCAUGCACUUCAGCUCAGACAGGCCAACUCCAUGUGGUCCUGCCUUUGAGACCAAGUUCCACGUGGCUGCCUAAGGGCCUGCCCAUUAAGACUGCUAGGGACUGGUUUGCAAUGUAAUGAAGAAAUGAUUGUAAAUUUCAAGGACUGAAUUGUAAAUCGAUAAUAACUUUUUUGAACUCUGUAUCCAAUUUGGAUGAGCAAUAUAGUGUUAGGUGCCUCAUAAAACCUAGAUUCUCUGUAUGCUGACGUGAUGAAAUUUUAAUAUGCUGUUAUUAGUUCAUAUUUCUUUUGGCAAUAAAUUUUAUAUUGAUGCGUCUAUUUUAGCCUAUAAUUGACGCAUAUUAAUAUUUGUUAGAAGUGCCAUGAUGCAUAAGUUGGAUGCUUGAGCAUGUGAAAGGUUGUUGUUGCAUGGUUGUGCAGCAUGUUGAUAUAUACAUAUAUGGAUGAUUGAACAACAUUGUCAUUAUUAGUAGGCAAUUUUGAAUGGGAUUAGUAGUCGUCAAACAAGCUUAUAAGAUAUUCCUUGCAUCUAUAGAAAGGCGUAUUUCUACUGUUGCCGGGCACCACUUGAUCCUAGUAAUGGACUAAUAGCAGGUAAUGUGAUAUGAAUUUAGUCUAUAAGGAGGUAGCUUCAUCCCUCGGACGAGUUCCGAUGCAGCAAAGUGCACUGAUGGAUGUGCUUUUCUCAUGAUGAAUUUGUGAGAUCUUUUAUCCUAAUUUAUGCUCUUUUUUCAUUAUUAUUCUUAUCUUUAGCUGAUUGCGUGGGACACAACUAGAUUUCUUGAUGUCUUGUUUCUACUAAGAUAAUCCCUAUCGAUGUGAAAAUUACAUAUUUCAGAUGAUCCGUAGCUGGGGAGCUAAGGAUUGAGAAGUGUUCGGUUCUAGCAAGGUACGUACUUGGUCAAAUUAAACUGAAGCACUGCUUACUCUUGUUGAGUUAUCGGGAUCAAGAGAAGCUUUGGAUGACUUGCACCCUAACGCAUGUUGAUCAUCGUAGAGACGUUUGGGAAACAGGAGUUCGGAGGAGAGGAACUCUCUUGAUGCUGCAAAGUCUAGAAGACCCUACUACUACUGCGCACAAAACAAGUGAGCAAAAGUUUUCGGGUGAUUUCGAAGAUGUCUCACUUUUUUUAUUAUUAUUUUCCUAAAAGAUGUCUCAUAUUUCUCUAUUUCUCAAAUGAUACCUUCUAUUUUGAAUAAUACUGAAAGUAUUUCUUACCAGCCUCAA